UCCAGUCACCGACUUGUCGACUGUUUUCCAUACGUUGCGUGUUAUUAUUUUUCCAAUAGAACCGCCGUGUGUUGACUGGGUGACCACCCUUUUGACUUUGACGAUCCGCCCAUAAUUCCACCGGGCUCCACUGUCUCACGCGGCCCUGUCACCACCAGUCAGAACCAAAUUGCUAAUUAGAAUACCAAAUCAAACUAAAUGCAAAAUCAAACAAACCCAUGAAGAAACCUUCUUGCACGCCUCCAUUUCCAAUUUCCCCCCAAAAUUAACUCCUUUUUUUUUUUCUAGUCUUGAAAAAGCUUAUGUGAAUCGAUUUCUGCAAUAAGUUUUGAUUUCGAACAAAUAAAAGAGAUGGGUUUAUUUGCUCUGUUUUGUCUGUUGUUGUUCUGUUCGGUUUCUGGGAAAGUUGUUGACUUUUUAGACAAGGGUCAACUUUUGGAGCUCAAGAACGCCAUUUUCGAUCCUCACAACAUGCUUUCAAGCUGGAAAUCUACAGCCCCUGAUCACUGUUCUUGGUUUGGAGUCACGUGCAACUCACAUGGUAGGGUUUCUGAGCUGAGAAUACCAGGAGGUAAUUUUGCUCGUUCGAGUUCUUGUUUGAGUAAUCACCAUUUUGACCCUAAAAAAGGGAAAUUUUUAGGUGGGAAAUUGUCAAAUGUAAUUGGGAAGUUUUUGGAACUUAAGGUUCUGUCAAUUCCAUUUAAUCGAAUCGCCGGUGAGUUGCCUAAUGAAAUCUGGGGGUUAAAGAGUCUUGAAGUGAUCGACAUUGAAGGGAAUUUGAUUACCGGAGACUUAUCCAUGGUCGAUUUCUCCAAUUUGAAGAAGUUGCAGGUUCUUAAUUUAGGGUUUAACAGAUUAUCUGGGAACAUCCACAAAUCAUUCGAAGAAUGUAAGAAUUUAACCGUUCUAAAUCUCGCUGGAAACCGAAUCCAAGGGCCUAUUCCUGACGUUUUACCGGUGUUGCCGCCACAACCACGGCGGGCGCUUCAAGAUUCCAGGGGCAAUGACGUGAACAAAAAAGGAUUAAGUCCCUUUGAAUGGGUGUUAAUUUUAGUCGCAUCACUCAUUGUUCUAAUUCUUUUGGUUGUCAUCAUUGUCUACUUUUACAUGAGGAACCGGAGACGGAGUUCCCGAGUCGACGGCAUCAACAUCAUCCCAUCUCCGCCACGUUCCGGGAACGAACGCCUCGUGAUUUUCCGAGAGGUAGGGGUGCCAUUAACUUUCAACAACGUCAUUGAAGCAACCGGGAACUUCACAUCAAGAAAUUGCAUCGGGAGCGGCGGUUUCGGGUCGACUUACCGAGCGGAGAUAUCUCCGGGAAUCACCGUCGCGGUGAAGCGGCUCACCGUCGAGAUGUGCCAAGGGGUUCCUCAAUUCAACGCCGAAAUCCGAACCCUAGGUCGAAUCCGACAUUCGAAUCUCGUAACGUUGAUCGGAUACUACGCUAGCCCAUCGGAAAUGUUUCUCGUUUACAACUAUCUCCCCGGCGGCAGCCUGGAAGAGCUUAUUCGGGACAAAAGAAACCAUGUAAUCGGUCUGAAAACGGUUCACAAAAUCGCAUUAGAUAUCGCCGGAGCCCUAGCUUUCCUACACGACGACUGUAAUCCUCGUAUACUUCAUCGAGAUGUAAAACCCAGCAAUAUCUUAUUAGAUAAGGAUUUGAAAGCGUGCUUAUCUGAUUUUGGGUUGUCACGUCUUCUCGAGGGGUUCGAGACACACGUGACCACCGGCGUUGCCGGGACAUUUGGAUACGUGGCGCCGGAAUAUGCUCUGGCGUGUAGGGUUUCUGAUAAGGCGGAUGUGUACAGCUAUGGAGUGAUGUUACUUGAAUUGAUUUCAGAUAAACGGGCUUUGGAUCCGUCGUUUGCGAAAGAAGAUAAUGGGUACACGAUUGUGUUUUGGGCGAGGACGCUCCGGCGAGAGGGGCGGGUGGAGGAGGUUUUUGCUGCCGGAAUGUGGGAGGCGGGACCGGAAAAUGUGCUGCUGGAUCUGUUGAAGUUGGGGUUGAUGUGCACGACGGAAUUACCUUCCGGGAGACCGACGAUGAGGCAAGUUGUAAGAAAAUUGAGGCAUAUUCAACGUGAUUUUGACCGUUGAUUUUUUUAAAGUUUGUAAUCUUAUGUAGACAUGAAAUUUUUUAUUAUAUAACUUGUGUUGUAAAUUUUAUUUGUAAACUAUACAUUAUCAUGACUUGUUUUGUAUAAGUUGUACAAUACAAGUCUUAUUAUAAAUUAGAAGGAUUCCGGCUUUUCGCA